AUGGAUCCAAGGCGUCGUCAGGAGGAAGCGGCACCGACGCCGAAAUGGAUGAUAGUUAUAAAUCCCGAAAUGUGGAGCUUACCGAAAUAUUGGAUGAGGGAUCAGUAUCAAUAUAGGGUUAUAGAGGGCGUGAUUAAUCAAUCAAAACCAACAAGGACUAUAAUUGAUGUGCAAAUUAAAAAAAAAAUGAAAUGGGGGGUUGAAUCAUCAAAACCGCAACCAUCAUCGGAUCCGGAGACUAGUCUCAGGAGUAACAACAAACAAUUAAGGGUCAAAAGCAUUCAGUUUGGAGGUUCCAAAUAUAUCCGUAAUCAAAAGGAGAGAAUUUUAAAUUUACUAAAACAAAUUUAUUAUUUUGAAUGCCACUUUGAUUCGGUAAUGAAACGUGGAUCAGGUUUGGAAGCGAAUGAUAGAAUUAAAUGGACUGUGACUGAUAGGGCAUUUAAUUCAAGAAUUCAAAGCGGAACAAUUAUUAAUAUGAGUCACAUAGAUGUUAAUUUAUUCUUAGAUGAUGCCUUUUCAAUUUAUGAAGAUCAAGUUAAAGCCUGUUUAAAUAGGUUAGGUUGCUUAAAAGUUUAUACAGUUUUGGUAGCUAAAUUUAAAAAGACUUUAGCUGAUGGAACAAGUAUUUUAGAUUUGAAAUCAUUUAUUGCAAAAACAGGCGAGAUUUUCCCUGCAACAGAUUUAAAUAACUUUUAUAAUGAAAAUGUUAAGCAAAUAACCCUCAAACUUAUGGAAGAAUUUCAGGAGAAAGAAUCAAAUUGGCAACUUCACUCUAUUCUCAGAUUAGAUGUGAACUUUAACAAAUACAACCCUAUGCGUGUUGGUUGUUUCAUUAAACUGCCACUUGCCAUUGAACGAAAAAAAGCCUGUAUAAAUGUCCGAAAAGAAGGUAAUGAAUGCUUCAAGUGGGCGAUUCUUUCAGCAUUAUAUCAAACCUCCUCUAAUUCGGGAAGAGUGAAAAAAUAUGAGAAAUUUGAAGAUACUUUAAAUUUUACAGGUAUUACAUUUCCUGUAACAUUUAAGGAUAUCCGAAAAUUUGAAUCUCAAAAUGAUGUUUCAGUAAAUGUUUAUGGUUUACAAAAGCAUAAAUCAAAAUUUACUGUAAUACCAUUAUAUCUCUCAUCUAGUAAGAAAGUCUCACAUGUGAAUCUUUUACGCAUUGAGGAAGAUUAUGAUGAAUGUGAGGAGGAAGAUUGUGUUGAAAAAUCAAACACUACCACCUCAUUCACUUAUCAUUUCGUUUGGAUAAAAAAUUUAUCCAGGCUUGUAGGCAAACAAUUAUCACAGUCUGAAUAUAAGAAGCAUAUUUGUGAUCGGUGUUUACAUUAUUUUAAAAAUGAAGAGGAGCUUAAUAAUCAUAUAGAAAAUUGUAUAAAACUAAAUAAAACUAAAGUUAUUUUACCAAAGCCUGGACAAAAUAGGGUUCAUUUUAAGAAUUUUUAUAACAAGGAGCGUGCUCCGUUUAUCAUAUAUGCUGACUGUGAGAGCCUACUGCUUCCUGCGACUGAUUCUUCAUUCGUAGGGGAUAAUACAGAAGUUUUUCAAAAACAUAAACUUCUGAGCAUUGGCUACUAUUUAAAGUGUUAUGAUGACACUUUAUCAGUAUACAAAGCAUCCCCUAUUAAUGAAGAAGAUGCAGCAAAAUGGUUUGCUCGUGAAUUAAAACAAGUGGCAGAGGAUGUUGAGCCUGUUUUUAUAACUAACGUUCCGAUGGAAGUCUUAAAUGCAACUCAAAAAGCAGCAUUCAAAAAUACUAAUGUUUGUCACAUCUGCAGAAAAAUUAUCACGCAUGGGGGUGUUAAGGUUAGAGAUCACUGUCAUAUAACUGGUAAAUAUAGAGGAGUCGCUCAUCAGGAUUGCAAUCUGAAAUAUCAGGUUUCAAAAACUAUUCCUGUGGUUUUCCAUAACUUGAGUGGAUAUGAUGCACAUUUCAUUAUAAAAGCUAUCGCGACUGAGUUUGAGGGUAAUGUUAGCCUCCUUCCAAUUAAUAAAGAAAAAUAUAUAAGUUUUACUAAACACGUUGCAGCAAAUGAUAUCAAAUUUAAAUUUAUAGAUUCCUUUAGAUUCAUGGCAUCAUCUUUGGAUAAAUUAGCAUCUUAUUUGACGAAUUAUAAUAUUGUAAAUUCUGAAUUUCAAGCCUAUGAUAUGGAUAAAAUUCAGUUACUAACCCGUAAAGGAAUUUUUCCAUAUGAGUACUUGGAUUGUAGAUUAAAACUUAAUGAGGAACAACUACCGCCAAUAGAGAAAUUUUACAGUACCUUAAAUGAUUCAAAUAUAAGUAAUGAAGAUUAUCUACAUGCACAAGAGGUUUGGUCUGCAUUUAAUUGCAAAAAUAUCGGUGAUUAUGUAUAUUUAUACAUGAAAACAGACAUUUUAUUACUUGCAGAUGUUUUUGAAAAUUUUAGAGACCAAUGUCUUGAUGCAUAUGGUUUAGAUCCAGCUCACUAUUAUACAACUCCUGGAUUGAGUUGGGAUGCUAUGCUAAAGUAUACAAAUGUUGAGUUGGAACUUCUUACAGAUAUUGACAUGAUCAUGUUUAUUGAACGUGGCAUUAGGGGUGGGAUUAGCCAAUGUUCAAAUAGAUAUGCUCAUGCUAAUAAUCAUUAUAUGAAGAAUUAUAAUGAAAAGGAAGAAUCAUCUUACAUUGUGUACUUGGACGCUAAUAACCUUUAUGGAUGGGCUAUGGUACAAGCACUUCCCUACGGUGGUUUUGAGUGGGUAAAAAAUAUAGAUAAUACAUUUAACUUUAACAUCCCUGAUGAUUCACCUUUUGGUUACAUAUUAGAAGUGGAUUUAGAUUACCCUCAUGAAUUGCAUAACAGUCAUAGUGACUUACCAUUUUGUCCUGAACACUCAAAGCCACCUGGAUCAAAACAAUCGAAGCUGUUAACUACUCUCUUACCGAAACAAAAGUAUAUAAUCCAUUAUCGUGCACUUAAACAAGCAUUAGCACAUGGUAUUAAACUUAAUCAUAUACAUCGAAUUUUAAAAUUUAAACAGUCCACUUGGUUAAAAAGUUAUAUUGAUUUUAAUACUAUGAUGCGAACAAAUGCUAAAAAUGAGUUUGAAAAAAAUUUGUUCAAACUUAUGAAUAAUGCUGUUUAUGGCAAGACUAUGGAAAAUGUACGAAAGCAUGUAGAUGUCAAGCUUGUGACAAAGUGGGAGGGUAGGUACGGUGCCGAGGCUCUUAUUUCAAAACCAAACUUCCACACAAGAGCUAUCUUUAAUGAUAACUUGAUUGCUGUGGAACUCACAAAAACGGAAGUGUACAUGAAUAAGCCAAUCUAUAUUGGACUUAGCGUUUUAGAUAUUUCUAAAACAUUAAUGUAUGAUUUUCAUUAUAAUUAUAUGAAAAUCAAGUAUGGUAAUAAUUGUAAAUUACUCUACACUGAUACCGAUAGCCUUGUGUAUAAAAUUAAAUGUGCAGAUAUCUACUCUGAUAUGAAGGUAGAUAUUUGCAAAUUUGAUACAUCAGAUUACCCAGCUAAUAAUGUAUAUGGCAUUCCGCAAGCUAACAAAAAAGUCUUGGGUCUCAUGAAAGAUGAGUGCAGUGGGAAAAUUGUAACAGAAUUUGUUGGAUUGCGGAGUAAAAUGUACAGUCUUCGCGUUGAAGGUCAAGAUUUUAUAAAAAAAGUUAAAGGUAUCAAGACGGCAGUUGUGAAAAAAACUAUUACUUUCAAUGAUUAUCUAUUCUGCUUAAAAAACGUUCAAAUUCAAUCUAGAACACAGUAUUGUAUUAGAUCAAAAUUGCAUAAUGUACACACAUUAAAACAAACCAAAACAGCUUUAAGUCCAUUUGAUGAUAAGAGAUAUUUAUUAAAAAAUAGUACAGACACUCUCGCUUGGGGACAUUGCAAUAUUGUAAACCAUGAUGAUGAUGAUGAUGUAGAAAUGUUACAAGUCUGA